AUGGAGGACUUGUACAGCAUACAUCCGGGCAUUGCCCGGUCGGACUCCGCAGCCGUAGGGACCAUGUCGCAGCCGUCCCACUCAGAUAGCAGGCCGUUCCACGCGGACGCCCCCUCGGCGGCGGCCUUGCACCGUAAAGUCCAUGGGAGCGAGCGAGUGCCUCGCGAACUCCUGGGAGCGUCCACUUCCUCCGUCUCCGAUUUGUCGGAUGUCCUCAAGGCGCAGAUCUCCAGCCACCCCCGCUUCCCCGCCCUCGUCUCAGCCUACAUAGACUGCCGCAAGGUGAAGUACAGAGCUUCGUUAUUUGCGAAGAGUAUAGUACUGCCGCUGGCUUGCGCAUCUCCCCCCUGGGCUACUGUUAUACCUGUCUACGCUGCCGUUUCUCUUCUUGGAAACAGGUGGGUGCGCCGCCAGAGGUGGCCUCGCUCCUGGAGGAGAUUAGACGGGAUAACUACCCUAUCGCGGCAUGCAGCGAGGUCGGGGCCGACCCGGAGCUCGACGAGUUCAUGGUAACCUUGAUGACGAUGACGAUGGCAUUCAUUGGAAAAUCUUCGAGGAAUUGACGGGUCUUUUAAGUCGACAGGCCUCGUUGUUUCCCUCAUCCCCGGGAGAUUGUUUUAUUUCAUUCUUCUCCAGGAAUCAUACUGCCAGGUGCUACACCGUUUCAAGGAGGAUCUCUCCGAGCCAUUCGACGAGGCCGCAUCCUUCCUCAGCAGCAUCGAGAUGCAGCUUAGUGACCUCUGCAGGAUCACGGCCCCCGCCCCAGCCGCCGCCUCUCAAUCCACCACAACGACUGCCACCGCGACCUCCCCCGGUAAUAAUGAUGACUGCCACAAACUAAUCCAUUCGAUGGCAAAAUAUAAUUAAAAUUGAAUCUGUCGUCAUUUAUGAUUCCGUUAUCGUUUUAUUUAGCUGCUUACAGUGGGCGAUCCUCCAUUGUGGAGAGCCGAGUCCGACGCGAGCGGGGCUGAUCGCUCGUGUAGGUUGGGGAGGGUGGGUUAUCGACGGGUCAAAUCGCGUCCAUGCAAAAGGGGUGAAAGCCUGACGGCAGGUCGCUGAGGACGAAGCUUUAGGGUUUCAUUCACAUCACCAUCUAUGGGGACAAGAGAGAACGCUUUCCGCAGAUAGGAGAAAAAAAGAGUCACUUGAAAGAAGGCCUGCUCCUUUGGGAGAAGAACUGUGCAGUCAUUUCCGUGAGCCUCCAGGCCUGCCUUACCUGGGCUCUCUCUCUCUCUCUCUCACUCUCUCUCUGACAAUUUUAUCGAUUCGACGUGACAAGGAUGGAUUGAUUAGUUUCUGAAACGCAUGCUCUGAACGCAUGGAGUCAGCGCUCUUGCAAGGAAAAGUCGGCAUGGCUCGCCGGGAGAGGAGUUGGUGACAGAAUGUUUGACCUCAAAACACUCGGGAAAUACCCGAAUGGCCUCGAUGUUCAGUUAUUCAUUUGCCAUGGGUUCCCUUGAGGUUUGAUUUCAGUCUUAUGAGCAAGUUAGAUCAUUAAAAAGUUGUAAGCCUUCUGUGAAUACGUCCAAUGUUAGAUCCCUUAUAGAAGUUCCUCAAAGAAGUGUGGAUCGUCGUAUUGAAAAAGAUAAUAGGGAGUUUUUAUGGUCACAGAUCAGUGGCCGCAUACGUGAUGCGGGAUCCUGAGUUAGGUGCCUGUUGGGUGGCGGUAUCAUGACUAUCUCAAUGAUGCAUUUACCUUCUUGGAGUAACUUAUCGUCCAACACAUACCAUCAUUGAAGCACCGUUCUCUACUUGUUCUGGCACUGCUGAGCUCGGUCGCUCAUUCGUUCAGGUGGCUGUUGAAAUGUGGAUCCAAGAGAGACUUGUGAAUCUUUGCCAAGGAGAUGGAGAAGGAUGGAUCAUGGCAUUGUGUAAGCCGGGUGCCCAAUCAUAAAACCGAAAUAGUGCGAACAAUGUGACUCGUUCCAUUUUCUCCCUGGCUUCCAUGACCUGUUUGGCUAUCGUGGUUAGAAAGGGCAUUUUUUUUCCCGUGAUAAACUGUGAACUCAUUCUCUUCUCGUAUGUCGACUCUUGGGUCGAAAACAUCAAUUUUCCCUCCACGCCAAACCGGGCGUUGACUUAGGAACGACCAAACAUGUGGGUCUCAUGAGAAACCGCUAAUAUUUUUGUGUGCCCAGAGCUUGGCUUGUUUGGCUCUGUGCUACAUUGGGUGUUGAUGGUUGAAGAGACCAGAAGGCACCGACUCACUCACUCUCCCCCUCAGUUCUGGUGCCGGUUAAAACCAAAAGGCAUCUCAAAUGAUUGUGCAUCUUCUUUCUUAUACGUUAAAACCUGGAAUUGUGAGUGUGAUUCACACAUGGGAGAUGCACAUUGUUUAACGUAGUUCUCUGGUGGUCUUCACUUACGAUGCCUUCUGAUUCCUAGCGAUUUAUCGUCAGAUGUGAACAUAUCUACUGGUGUUCUGGGUUUAGCUUACCACUUUAUUUAAGUCAGCGAGUGACUGGUAGAUGUUUUACUUUUUUAAAGUGAUCACCGCUACGAUUUAUUUGUUUCGGUUAUUACUUAUUUCUUGAGAAAAAAUAUUUUUAAUAAUUUCUUCGUCCUGGUAUGUCUGGGUUGACGAGUUGAAUGUUCGUUCACUCUGUUUCUAUUAUUCUUCUCCAUAAGUUAUAUGAUGGAACUCUCGUUGCAUGUGGACAUUGGCCCCAUUCUACGGUGCACUAAGCUUACUAUGGUGAUCAGGGGAAGGCGGUGGGUCCGUUGAAGAGGAGGAGCUCAGCACCGAGGAGCCGGACGCGACAGAAAGCCAGGAGAGCGGCCCGCGAAUGGGCGAUCAAGAGCUCAAGGAGAUGCUGCUGAGGAAAUACAGUGCCUACCUGAGCAGCCUGAAGAAGGAGUUUCUCAAGAAGAGGAAGAAAGGGAAGCUUCCGAAGGAUGCGAGAAUGGAGCUGAUGGCUUGGUGGAAGACACAUUACAGAUGGCCUUAUCCCACGGUGGGAGACGUCCCCCAGAAUGCACGUCUUUCAUUGCUUACUCUCCUCCUCCAUUAACGUUUAUCGGUGGCUGCGUCUCCUCGACCCAGGAAGAGGAGAAGGCAAUGCUCGCGGAGGUUACCGGGCUGGAUCAGAAGCAGAUCAACAACUGGUUCAUCAACCAGAGGAAGAGGCACUGGAAGCCGUCGGAGGAUAUGCGGUCUGCACUCUUGGAGGGGGUCGCCGGGGGUUCCGGGGGCAAUGCCGUUCUGUACUUAGAUACCAGAACCAUCGAUCCUUGA